AUGAUUUUAAAGAAAAAAGUAAUAAUUCUCUUCCGUUCUUUCUUCGUGUCUGUCUUUGACAAUAGAAGCACGUGUUUAUUCAUCUCCCGCCCUCAGAAUGCUUCUUUUCUUUUUAUUCACUUUACUUUUUUAUCUAUCCGGUCAAUACGAGCACUUAGUAGCUAUCUGCCUAUCGUUUGUUCAUAUCUAUCUAUCUAUCUAUCUAUCUAUCUAUCUAUCUAUCUAUCUAUCUAUCAAUUCAUCUUUCUCAUGUCCCAAGUUGAAAUCGUCGCCCAUUUUCAAGAUUCAGCUUGCAGUAGCCGUGUUGCACCCAUCGCGGCUUUCGAAGCCUACCGACAAAAGAAAGUCAAUGUUUUCUUUGGUCCAGUUUCGGACUAUUCUCUGGCACCUGUUGCCCGAUACGCUUCGUAUUUGAACAUCCCCAUAGUGACGCCUGGUGGGAUGGUUUUUGAUUUUGCGGCCAAGACGUCUCCAACUGCAGAAUACAAGACCCUGAGCCGAGUAGGGGCCACUUCAGUCCGGCUAGCCGAACAUAUGAUGAGUAUUCUUAAGGAUAACAAUUGGAAGGAACUGAAGAUGAUUGUAGAUGCUGAGUGUCAACAGGAAGUCAUGCCGAAACUUUGCUUUUUGCUUUCCAGUGGGGUGGUUUACUGGUUUCGAAGGGCGGGAAUUAAACCUGUCGAGCAUGUCUGGAAAACUGGAAUGGAAACCCCGGAUUAUAUUCUUACAGAGAUCAUCGGAGUUCAACACUCAGUCUGUCCAUAUCUAUCUAUCUAUCUAUCUAUCUAUCUAUCUAUUUCAAGUCCGACGAACUCGCCUCUUCUGCCCGCUAGGGCGAACGAACUACUGGGCAAUCGAACCGGGCUGAACUCGGCACUCAGGGCCAAACGAACUCUUCUCUGCCCGCCUGGGUCGAUCGAACUACUGGCACUGAUCUCUCACCGUCCGGGCUGA